AUACUCGGCCUGACAUCAGCUUUGCUGUGGGACAGCUGGCUCGAGUAGUGCAAAAUCCAACAGAAGAGCAGUGUGGUGCAGCGGAGAGAGUGGUGCGCUACCUCAAGUCAUACCCUACAGUGGGAGUACAGUAUUCAGCCUCUGCUCAACUCAGGCAAAAAGGAGUUGAAGUCCUUCAAGAGAAGGGGGAGCAGCUCGGAGAAGGAAAGGUGUUCCUUUCCUGUUUUGCUGAUGCCACGUGGGCUUCUGAGCAUGAGGAUUCAUCAUCAGUUGGUGGAUACAUCUGCAUGGUGGGAGGUGGGCCUGUAAGUUGGAGGUCCAAGAAGCAGUCUGAAACGGCACUAUCUUCAGUGGAAUCUGAGUAUAUGGCAAUGUUUCAUGCGGCAAAAGAAAUCAUUUGGCUAAGGAGGCUCUUGAAGGAGAUCGGCCAUGAACAGACUUGUGCGACACCUCUGUUCAGUGACAGCAAGGGAGCCAUUGCCAUGGCACGCAAUGCAGUUCUUCAUGGGUUGAACAAGCACAUGAGGAUCAAGUGGCAUUGGCUGCGGAAGGAGAUGUGCUUGGAUUGUGCAUGACAUCGAGCACAUUCCAACGAGCCAAGAAUUGUUGGAAUCGGAGCACAUAUGAAGACGUUACGGAGAAAUGUUUGAUGGAUUUGUUACAACUCAUUGGAAGUCCUUGUCAUCUGCUACACCAAAGUUGGAGAGCCCUAUAACGAGGAGGGACCAGCAUGUGUGGGACUUUUGUCCCCACCCUGCAGCUGCAGCAUUUGGGGUUUGGAGGCCAACCUGCUAACUGCCAUCUUUCCCCAUCUUUUGCCUCCUCACCUGCACCUGCUCAUCGCCGCCUUACCACUGCUGCAGCCAUAGCAGCAGCAGCAGAAGCAGCAGCAGCACCAGAAGGAGCAGCAGACUCAGCAGCAGCAGCACCAGCAGCAGUAGCAGCAGCAGCAGCAGCAGCUGAAGGAGCAGCAGCAGCAGCAGCAGCAACAGCGGCAGCAGCAGCAGUGGCAGCAGCAGCAGCGUCAGCAGCAGCAGCAGCAACAGCAGCAGCAGCAGCAGCAGAAGGAGCAGCAGCAGCAGCAGCAGCAGCAGCAGCAGAAGGAGCAGCAGCAGCAGCAGCAGCAGCAGCAGCAGCAGCAGCAGCAGUAUCUACAGCCAUCCCCAUCCUCCCCUCCUCUUUGAGCCGCCGCGGGUCCACCCGCCGCCGCUCCCUCCCGGCCACCGCGGGUCCACCCGCCAUCGCCUUCCUCCCACUCCGUGUCACCAAUGGCAUCCUUUCCCCCUCCCGUCGACGUCUCGACCCUCGAUCAUCUCAGGGUGACCUUGGGGACCCGCCGCCUCACCCUGGCGAUCCCCCCCCUCUCAUUCCCCAUCCCGGCGAGGAACCUCCGCCCCCCAUGGUACCCGUUGGCACCAGCACUCGCGCUGCCACCGCUGAAGUUGAGCAGCUCUUCCUUACUCAGCGUCGGGAGUUCCUCGUGCUCCAUACUGAUUACCUGAUCGCGUUGGAGGAACACGAGCGGUCGGCAACCCUCCGCACCCAGCAUGCCGCUACCGCCGCCGCUUAUGCCGCUGACUCUGCGCGAUUUGCUGAGCGUCGUCGCGCCUGGCUCGAGGCGGACAGCCGUGCUACUGGUGCCCUUCUCCUUGCCAUCCCGUCUGCGCUCAUGCGCAACUUCCAGGCACGUCGCAUCGGCUCCCGCCAGAUCUGGCUCGAGCUUGAGGCAAUGUUCGAACGCACCGACUUCGAUGCUGUCGGACCGCUCUUCAAGGAAUACUUCAGCAUCACGAUCGAACACAGUGCUGGCGCCGUUGACUACACCAGCCGUCUCCUGGACCUUGCCUCCCGCCUUGAGGCUCGCCAGACUACUCUCCCCCCCAACCUUCAGAUCUACCGUCUCCUCGAAGGCCUCUCCCCUCAAUAUGAAGGCGGGUGAGCGCUGCACCCAAACCAACCAUCCCCCCGCGACCUGCUUCAAGGCGUAUGAUGACGCCUGGUUCGAGCGCGGCAACACUGGCACACCCCCACGCUGGUCUGCCAUGGAUCCCCGCCCCUCUCUCCAGGAUGUCAAAACUCUUCCGUCUUUUCUCCCCUCUCAUCUUCAGCUCUCCUCCUCCUCCUCCUCCUCUGUCGCUGACCCCAUAACUCCCCA